GAGUUAGGCGUCAUGACGUAAUGCGAUGUUCUCCAGAACGGCGCGCGGCGGCAGAGGAGCAGCGGCAGCAGGCAGCACGCGCGCACUCUCCCGCGCUCGUCGGAGGGGGGGCUCUUUCUCCGCUUCCUCUCGCCGAUGUUUGUGCGCCUCUCUCGGGCUCCGUGGCUGCGACCCGACGCUGCCGGGUGCGUGUUGGCGGCGGGAUGUCGACGCUAGCGGGGGAGCGGUGUUACGGGCUGUCCAGCGGGAACCUGAGCCGCGGCGGCAACGUCUCGGUGCUUCACGUCAAACUCACUGACAGCGCGGCGCGAGCCAUUGGCGCCUUCCAGAGCAGCAAGGGUUGGUCUUCCCGUCCCACCAUCUGCUUUAAUGGAAAUCACGGGAGAAUCGCUGUCCCGUGCUCGGAAAAGGGCGACGAAGUGCGGAUCUUCACCUUCGGUGUGACUAAUGUCGCUCGUGACAAUCCCCACGGAAGCUUUGAUUGUGUCCAACAGCUCCGCUCUGGCCCUUCUGAGGAACUGUCAUGUCUCGGGGUGAUUCAGAAGAAGAUGACGGUCAACGCUACAGAUGACUCUUAUGAUAAGGCCCGUCAGAGCAUGGCCCAGGCUGAGGAGGAGACGCGCAGCCGAGGGGCCAUUGUCAUCAAACACGGGGGACGCUACCAGGGCAAAAAGGUGACUGUACGACCACCAGCUCCAGCCCUGGCCACCCUGGCCAAACCCAAACCCUCAUCCCAGUCCUUGAUCAGCAACAUUAAGAGGAGAACCAACAUGCUCAAAGUAAAGAAGGAUGCAUGUGCGCCAAACAGGAGGAGUACUGGAGGUGUACAAGACAGGCCUCUUAGGGAGAGAGUCAUACACCUGCUGGCUCUGAGGCCGUACAAAAGGCCAGAUUUGAUCUUGAGGCUGCAGAAUGAUGGGCUCUCAGAAAAGGACAGAGAUCUGUUGGACUCUGUAUCGACAGAGGUUGGCCAGCUAAACAAUAGAGACAACGCGUUUGUUCUGAAGGACAGUCUGUAUAAAGAACUGCAGAAGGACUGGCCAGGCUACACCUCAGGAGACCAACAGCUUCUUAAACGCAUCCUUGUCAGGAGACUGUUUAAACCACAGCAGGCCCUCCUCACGGUCCCCAAGGCCCAGGUCAGCCCGCUGCGAGACACUCCUAAUUCCUCCCCAGCGCACCGUCCUAAGCAUUCCCUACCUGAAGAAUACUCAGACCCUCCCUCUAGUAAGAAGGCCAGGAUAUCGCACUUGUCGAACAAAGCAUCCUGUGACAUAUCAAGAUUGAGGCCGUCUGAGCGGCCGGCUCAUAAAAACGUCACAGAGGCGACAGCAGAUGGCAGUCAAAAGAACUCACUUGACCCACGAAAGCUGUUUGACUCCCUGUCAGCAGUUUGUCACCAGGAGGAAGAGGUGGCCAAGAGGCUACAGGUACCUCUAGCUGCUCAGGAGAAGCCUGGAAGCACAGAAUGUCUCCCUGAACACCAGGCUCAGCCUGACUGUGACCGGAAGCCGUCUUCUCUGACAGUGCCUGACCUGAGCAGUCGCACAGCCAAGAGGAAAAAGGGCAAACACAAACACAGAGGCCAGGAAAAAGAUACAUGGAGAGAGAAAAAAGAAGCCUCAGAUACAAAGGAAAUUUUGUUUGACUCCAACGUCAGUCAAGCAGACAAUGACUCAGCUGAUUAUUUAUUGAAUUACACCCCGAUUUGUAGUCCAGAGCAGCGACAGCACUACAAGCAGGAGUUUAACAACGAGUACAAGGAGUACAGAGAGCUGCAUGCUCGCUUCAACAGCGUGACGCAACAGUUCAUGGCGCUGGACACGCAGCUCAAACAGCUCCACCAUGAAUCCCAUAAAUACAAGACAAUUCGUAAUAAAAUUCUUCAAGAGUACAGUACAAUUAAAAAUUCCAACCCCAACUACAACCAGGACAAGAUUCGCUGUGAAUAUCUACACAACAAACUGGCCCAUAUCAAGAAACUUAUAUCAGAGUACGACCAACACCAAGUCAAUGUGCAUCAUUCUUGUCCCAAAUGACUCAGAUGAGUGAACAUGGAAACGUAUAUUAAACACCCUGAGGUUCACGCUGCUGAGCUAAAUGCCAUCGAGCUGGUUUAGAUGGUUGUGGCUAAAGUUGGGAGUUAUCUCUGUGAAGCAGCAAUGUGUACACAGUCUUAUAAGCUAUUUUCUUACAGGAAAAUAUUUCAUGUAUGGAAGAAUAAGCUGUGACUUGUGUGACGUGCCGCCAAGGACAUGUGAAGCAAUGAUAGUUUUACAAACGCUGUUAAACUACAACUGCUACGAGGUGCUAACCCUAAAACCACCUUUAGAUGAUCCUCCCAAUCACAAAUUUUAUUUUGUGAAAUUAGUGUUUUUGCUUAUGUGUCUUGGUGUAGGCUGGAGCAUGAGAAAACGCUGUACGCUGUACAUACCCAGACUGCUCGGAGGAUGGGUCUCUUCCUCAGUGUCAGAAAAGAAAUAGCAGCUGGAAGCUGAUUUGAGCAUCCUCAGACCUCUGUCCUCCUAAUGUUUUGGUGAAUUAAAAUAGUAUUAUUGUUUCUUAGUUCACCUCAGUUCUGACUAGAUAUUUUAAGUAUUGUCUUUUGAACGUAUUAUCAGUGUCUGGACCAGAUUCAUAGUAUUUUACUGGUGUUAUCUUUUAUCCGAUUCUCCUGGAAUGCAGAAGACUGUUAUGUUGAACAUAUAGUAAACUUCAAGUCAUCUUCAGGGAAUUUGCAGUGUGAGCUACAGUACAAGUAUUGUUGUUAAAAGCAGUUUGAACUUUUGGUUGAUUCUGAGAAGGGUUAAAAAAAUGUUGCACGCAGCAGACUUCACUGCAUGAGAAAUAAAUCAGGUUUUGUCUGAUGAAAUAAAAGACAUGGAGCUGUUUCA